UCAAAGUUGCAUUUAAAUUGCAAAAAUUAAUUUGAAUUUCAAAAAGUGAGAAUUGGAAUUUUUAAAAAUCUUUGGAUUUAAAUAAGAUUAAAUCUUGUGACUGGUUUAAAUUGAAUCUAAACAGUAAAGUGCAUUAAGGAAUUCUAAGAAGCUGAGUUACUAAUUUGUGUAUUCAAAAAUUAUCAGUAAUAUUUUAAUGAAAUUCAAACAGAAUAAAAAAUAUCAAGUAAGGUAGAACAUCAAUGGAAGUGCAUUAAGUCAAACAAAACGUUUUACAUUCAUUUAAACAAGAAUUUUUGAGAUAAGAGAAAAAAGUGAAGAAUUUGUUGAAUAUUAAUUGCAACUUUUGGAAGUGUGUGGGAUAUUUUUAGAGACUGGAAUUUCGGAUAAGGAAUUUUGAGGAACAAGAGUUGUGGAUCGUGUUCCGUAGGAUUUGCAUGAAAACAAAAACAAAAUCUUUGAAUUUCCCAAGAAAAAUCUCAAAAUUCAAUUUAUAGAAUCAAAAAGUUCUCAGCCAAGAAAACAGCUUUGCGAUGAGAAAAUCAAACACAAAGAAUUUCCAAUAAAAAGAAGAAAGGAAAGCCAAAGAAAGAGAAGAUAAAUAAAAAAUAUAAAAAAGUGAAUUCACAGUGAAUAACAAAAUAAUAAUUGAACGUGAUUAUAAUACUGUAUAUUAUUAUUCAAUAUUAUAUUCAUCGAUGCAUUACUGACUGAAUUCUUAAAGAACCGACAAUAUUGUGGUAAAUAAGUGUACAUUCACAUACACACAGCAAGAUGAAAAUAUCAAAUUAUUAAGAAUCUCUCUCAUUAUUGAUCCACCAAGCCUGCGUUAAAAAGAGAGUGAAUUUAAAAAAAUAUUAAAUUUCAUCAAAUGUGUUUAUCUUACUUCCUCUCCACCCCGACACAAUGCAUUACAAUUGUGUGGCCUGAGAAGACGGAAUGAUUUAUUAUAACGCUGGAAUAUAAAUAAAGUGGAAUAAAGAACAGAAAUUUACCUACAUAGACGACGAAGAACAAGGAUACAAUUGGAUAUUAAAACAUUAAUAUUAUUAUUACCUUUGUUAUACUAAAAUAAGCAGCACACAUAAAAAGGAGAAGAAAAAUCAUCUUUUAAGGAAUUCUGAGAAAGAUACAUAAAAAAGAUGUUGAAGCACGUUCACAUUUCACCUCUACGAAGUCGAUCGGAUUCCAUUUCACUUCGUUCGUCGACGGCAUCAUCUUUAAAUAAUGUAUCAUAUACAUCAUCAUUAUGCGGCAGCCCAGAACCUCAAAUGACACCAUCAAGAUCGUCGAGUUAUUCAAGUCUAAAUGAGUCUAUAGCACAGACAACCUUAAAGGUGUAUACAGCAUGCUUAAAGCUUGACAUAGAGUAUAAAACAUUGGCAGUAUCUUGGGACACAACUGCUAGACAAAUUGUCACACAAGUUCUAAGAAGAUGUAAAAUGCGUCAUCGAGAUCCACGACUAUUCUUUUUGUCAAUGGAAGUCCGAAUACGAAGAGCUGAUGCACGUACAUUAUUAACUUUAGAUGACUCAGCACGACCAGCAAUGCUUCAAGCUUGUCAUCCAUCAGGCGAAUCAAAAUUUCAUUUGCAAAUGAAAGCAGGCGGACUAAUUCGUGUCCAUACAUCCGCUCUACAGCAGACAUCUCAAUAUAAGAGUCUAUUAAUAUCAGAACAGACGACAUCAGAUGAGUUACUAAGUCUCUUAUUGUCAUGUUACAAUUCGACUGAACCAGUUGAGGACUUUUCAUUGUAUGAAGUAUGUCCAGAACAAGAAUACCAGAGGAAAUUACAUCCAGAUGAUUUGCCAUUGCGUGCACAAAUUUUACGCAAUCAAAAAGGCGAUGCUUGUCACUUCCUCGUACGAAGAAUUAGAAAUAUGGCAAGACGAUCAGUUCAAUUGGAUAUUCAAAAUAAUAAUCAGAAACAAAAUUAUUCAAUUGACAUAAGUUCAUCAUUAAGUCCAGCUAAGGCACAAAAAAUUGAUGAAAUCAGCAUAAAAUCACCCUCAACAUCCUCAAUUCAGUCAUCAUCUCCAUCGAUCGUAAAGUCGACAUUCACAAAAUUGGAAUCAUGUUUCGGCAAACUUAAUGCACUAACUCGAUAUGAUCAGUCAAGCAUGCCCGAUGUGAACGGAAAUGUGAUUCAGCAACAAAAACAAUCACCACCACGAAAAUGUCAAUGCAAUAUGAGCAGCACACAAAAAUGCAAUUAUUGUAGUCAAAGACUCUUGAAGGGCUUCAAUGAUUCACUUAGGCAAUCAGAAAAAUCAUUAUUAAAAUCACCAACUUACAAUCCAGUCUAUAAUAUUCGAGAAAUUCGGACUGUCCAAAACUCAUUCUCAUCAUUUGGAAGCGAUAAGAAAUUGAUUGAUUUGGAUAUAGCCGCGAGAAAGGCUGUUUCACGAAGACAUAGCGUAGCUGUUGACCAAAUUGAGAUCAUUGAUGCUGAUAUGGUCGGAAAUGUUGGAAAUUAUGUCUACAUAUAAAAUGCAUGUAAUUUUAAAGGCUCAACAGUUUCGGGUCUGUUCAGCUAUUGAAAAUGAAUUGAAGUUAACUAAAUUUCUAUUUAAGAGACAAUGAGCCCCUUCCCAUAUUUUCUAAUUAGUAAACGCUAGUCACCUGUCCCAAUCUAUACUUGCCUAAUUUAACUUUUUUUGUAAAGGGGCUGUUCACUUAUUACGUAACGCGAAAAAAUGACUUUUUAGACCCCCCCCCCCCCCCUCGUAACAAAAUUUGUAUGAAAAAAAAAUUUCCUUGUUUGAACCGUAACAAACCGUAGACCCCCCCCCCCUAAAAGCGUUACGUAAUAAGUGAAUGGCCCCAAAG